CACAUGAACCAAAAGCGCACCGACUUCCCGCGCUAGCGCUAGCAAAGUGUCAAUAAAACGUGCCACGCUGGGGUAAACCAACAGACUGUACACUUUCCGUACGCGACAUAGUUCAAUGUCAAUGUCCAGCCAGGUGGUACAGCGCUGUAUGCGGACCAUCUUCAGCGACGAUUCACUUCCGACUCCGCAGUGUACCGUCGCGUGGGGAGGAAGGUUUCGUGGAAAGUACGAGUGGGUAGACGACGGAAAACUUAGACUACUACAAAGCUCCAGACCAUCCGCAACGACCUAACCAUGGUGGCAACAACGACUCCCUCCCAUAAACCCACGACACAAGCAUAUGCACAUCAUUGGAGGGCUUUGCUGUUGCUACUCAUAACUGUGCAGCUCGUCGAGAAAGUGUUGUUCAUCGACGCCAGUGAACCGUCCAAUGCCAUUCCCCGAUGGCCAGCGCUUGACUACAAAUCCGAUCGCGCAUUCUAUCCACUGAUGGUAUCCUUUUCGCGCUAUCCCUUCCACGAUGUGUACGAGACGAGCCCGGUGAUCCUAGCCGCCCCUAAACUGUCCCAGAAGCCCACCUCUGUUCCGAUCGCUGGUCGAUCGGGUUUUCCAAAACAACGGAAACAUUUCUACCCAUUGGGAUCGGAACAGUUUCCGCGCAACUGGCGACACCAAGGACAAGUGCGAAAACCGACAAAGAACGUUUGCCAGGGAUUGCUUUACUUACCGCAGCAGCUGGAAGCAUCCGGACGGAGAAUGUUACCAUUGAAGAUGCGUAAACUGUUAAAAUAUUGUGGAUUUAUUUAA